AUGCUAGAGUCCGAGACGACGAAAGAUGUUCAAUUCAACGACGUCAGCCGAAAGGGCCUGCCCUGUACGGCAGCCUUCGCGUGCACAGACUAUAAAGUGCAGGGCAGGACGCUCGAGCGUGUGGCUCUGGAGCUGCGGGGGACGCGGACGUCAAACAUCGAGGGACGCGCCGUGUCCUCGCAGUGCGACCCGUACAGCCUGUACGUGCAGCUGUCCCGCUGCCCGACGUUGGAUGGCAUCAUGCUCGUCUCCAAAGUGCGGGAGAGAGACUUGGUGGGCAACAAAGUCCCGGACGAGAUGACCGACGCAGAAGCGAGGCUGGGUCGGCUGAGUGACAAGACUGUUCGCGAGGCCUUGGAAUGGCUAGACGUUGAUUCCUUAGACCCUGCGGGCUUGCACGUGAAGCUAUCGUGA